UCGCGCUCAAUGCGUUUCAGUACUAAUUCAGUACUACGCUUAUAAACAACUUCUUUAUUUUACUGGAAAUUCGUGACGCGCCUUGUAUCUGAAAAGUUUGCUCUCGCUCUACGGAUACGAAUACGAGAUACAUUUGUGGACUGGAUUAACACUAAUUCGUUUUUGAUUGCCGCCAAGGGGGGCGAAUGGUAUCGCCAAUGGACCGAAACAAGGCAGCUGCUACUCCUCUGUGACGAAGGAAACCGAAUACCACCAGCUGGGGUAUAUCCUCGCUAGUCGCAAACAAGAACAACAGGGGCACCACACGAUCGCAACGGAGGAUCACAAAAGGCUCGUGCCACAUGAACCAGGGGGUUGGUUGGUGAUAGCGCCUCCUGAAAGAAGUACCGACUCAUGCGGUCGUGCGUCGAGACAAAGUGAUCCUGCCACAAGGAGCAGGACGAGCCGCUUAUCAGCCAUGCAUGGAAUUUGGGGUGGCUGAGGGUUGCAAACACACGUUCUUAUCUUAAAGCUCAAGCUGUCGGGAGGGUGACGAAAUAGAGCAGAUGUUCAAACAACGGCACCGAUGACUGAUGACUAACGAAACCCAGCAAUUUCAUCCAGAGGGGAGGCGAUAAUUCUCAUCAAACGACGCGUGUUAGGCACACUUGUAGAUCCUCGAAACACGAGCAACUUUCGCCUAGGCACUCAGAUUCAAAACCAAAUUUCCAGUAUUAUAAUGUCCGUGGACAACAGCUUAGGAAUUCUGGACUUCAGUUUGGCCAAGGACAAUGAAAAAACCACAAUGACAGCAGCCAGCGUAUACAAAACGUCAGACAAGGAAAACGAUCCAGAUUCCCAUUUGACGGGAACUAUAGUCACCACAGGCGCCACCGCCCAACCAGCUACGCCUAUUGCCUCAGUCGUUGCCGCCCUACCAGCCACACCUACUGUAUCGGCUAGCCAGGAUGUUGGCGACGGUGCCAGCCUUAGUACCAGUUCGGAACAUAAGUUUCAGUCAUAUGUCAAUGGCAAUGGGAAUGGAGUCUACAAGAUCAUCAAGACACUGGGAAAGGGAAACUUUGCCAAGGUCAAGCUGGCGAUUCAUGUCCCCACUGGCAGAGAGGUGGCCAUUAAAGUGAUCGAUAAGACCCAACUGAAUACAAGCGCCCGGCAAAAGCUGUACCGAGAGGUGAAGAUCAUGAAGCUACUGAAUCACCCGAAUAUCGUCCGUCUGUUCCAAGUCAUCGAGUCGGAAAGGACGCUCUACCUGGUAAUGGAAUACGCCAGUCGCGGCGAGCUCUUUGACCAUCUUGUCAAGAACGGACGGAUGCGAGAACGGGAUGCCAGGGUGAUCUUUCGGCAAUUGGUAUCAGCUAUUCAGUACUGCCAUAGCAAGUUUGUAGUCCAUCGUGAUCUCAAGGCAGAGAACUUAUUGCUGGACCAGAACAUGAACAUUAAAAUCGCUGACUUUGGCUUUGGCAAUACCUUCGAUCCCAAUGCCCAACUGGAAACCUUUUGUGGAAGUCCUCCCUAUGCUGCACCUGAGCUCUUCAUGGGCAGAAAGUAUGCUGGCCCGGAAGUGGACGCCUGGUCCCUGGGUGUGGUGCUUUAUACCCUUGUCAGUGGGUCCCUUCCUUUUGAUGGAGGCACCCUAAAGGAGUUGCGGGAACGAGUCCUUCGGGGCAAAUAUCGUGUGCCCUACUACAUAUCCAUGGACUGUGAGAAUCUAAUGAGGAAAUUCUUGGUCCUGAAUCCCGCCAAGCGCACUUCGCUUUCGGCUGUCAUGUCGGAUAAGUGGAUAAAUCUGGGUCACGAGGAAGGCGAAAGAUUGCGACCUUUUCGGGAGAAGCCUAUGGAGCUACAGGAUAUGGCUCGGUUUGAUUUAUUAAUGAGCAUGGGCCACAAACGGCGGGAUGUGGAGCAGUCGGUAAAAGGACAGCAGUUCGACGACAUCUAUUGCACCUAUAUGCUCCUGGGCGUGGCCAAGCCGCGCUCCUCAAACCGCAGUGCCAAAACUGAGGCUGUCCCGACAAUAGAUUUAACUACUCCACCAGUCAGUAACCCACUUCCUACUAUCACUACGCCCACUGUUACCAUAGCCCAAGUAACUCUCGCGCUGGACAAGAAUCCGGCCAUACACUCCGCCUCCCCUUCAAGUCGGCAAGCAGCUCCUCGUUUGGCAAAUGCCCCGAAUACGCCUACUUCGACGCCACCUUCGGGACCACCGGCCAAACCCACACGACGCACUCCAGCCCGCACACCAGCCCGCAAGGUCACAAACCAUUCAAGCGGCCAAGGACGCCCCGAGCCCUCCAGUCUCCCACACACUCCGCAAACCAAGAGAUGCAGUGCCAAUAUGGAUGUCAAACCAACGCUACUAAGUGCCCAGCGACAAUUGGCUCAGACCCAGAAGAUGGCCAGUACACCGCCACGCUUUCAGUACCCCGGUUCGCAAACACCAAAUCAAGCUCAGGGAUGCAAUAGAAGGCCCACGACUCUUUACGAGAAGGCAGAGCCGGCAGCCACCCCCCUUCUGGUGCCGAAGUCGCCGGCCAUCGGUGGGCGACUAAUGGAACGAAUUCCAGGAGCUGGAGCAGUGGAAAAGACAUCCGACAAACCCUUUACGCGUCACAAUGUUGCGCGGGCCACUUUUCAUUUUGGCCAGGCACGAAGUGGAAAACGAGGUGGUGGAUCUGGGGGCGGUACUGGCGGGGAGGAGGACAACUACCAAACGCCACCCUUAUCUGCUGAUGACACUAAACCCGCCUCGCGUGUAGGCUUCUUCUCUAAGUUGACCGCACGCUUCGGUCGUAGAGUGAUCCACCUGAACGAGAAGGAUGCCACCGAGCAGCGUAAGAAUCUCACCAAAUAG